AUGGAUCGCGCUCGAAUUCGAAAUCCGAUAGUUCAUAUGCGUUGUCCCUUUGCCAUCACUUUCGGAAUUGUUGUACGCAGUUGCCACCGAGAAGCCGCGGCCGCCAACAUCGGCGAAGAUGAUGUUGACGAGGAGUUUGGAGAAAAAAGCGACGAAAAAGAGCACGAAGAUGAGAAUAGGAGAGUGUCCUGGUACCGCGGAAGCAAAACGAGGAAGACCGUGCCCAACACUCUAAAGAUCAUGAAUGCACCUAUCACCGUUCCAGCAAAACGCAUGGCCCAGAAUGAGACCACUCAAUGA